AUGACUUCAAUUAUUCGCAAAUUCUAGAACGAAACCCUAAUCAAAAAUCAUGUUUUAUCGUUUGUAGGCUUUAUGGCUGGAUUGAAAUUGUGUGAUUAUUUGCUUUUUGAUGAUAAAUCAUUUUAAGAAUUAAAGGAAGAUAUGGAAGAUGAAUUUUGGGCUCAUAAUGGUGAGCCCACCUAGAUCCAACCAUACAUAGUUGAUUCUGUAAAGGGAGGCAAGAGGAAAUCUUGGAUUUACAUUAUGUACGAGAAGGAUCAAUUAAUUAAAAAGAAAGAUGAGUUUGAUUGA